UGCACCGAAUUGGACGUAUCCGUCGGAUGGCUGAUAGAUUGGCCCUCCGUGAGGCGCGUAUCUGCGGAUCUGUACUAAUUCUAAUUGUUCUCUGCCUCGGUUAGUCAGUGGUUUUGUGAAUAAGUUAUUGUAUCGGGACUAACUAAACAGCAGCUUGACAAAGGGUAUAUCUAAAGAGAAGUGCAGGGUCGCAAAAGCGCCUCAGCUAGUGUCUUGAAGAUACAGAGGCAGUCUAAAAAAAGAAUACACAUACCUGAAUUUAUUCCAAUCGCGUUCGCGUAACAAACAAAAAAUAGAUAAGGCAACAACAAUUACACAAAUUAUUACGAAAAUGCGCCAAGAAAAUUAAAAAGUGCAGAUAUAUUUCGAUUGUAUCUGCUGUUUAUUAAUGUUAUACAUGUGUGAGUGGGGGGUACGAACAGCUGUUGGGGCAACAAAAGCGUGAACCUCUUUGAAUAGUCCGAGUGUUGAAUACAUUUCGACAGCAGCCGCAAAACGACAACAAUACAGAAAUUCUCUUAUUUUCGAGUUUCUAAAAAGUCGACAAUUUCGUAUUUCCCCGCCAUUUUUCUCCAGCUCUGAGAAAGGAAAAACAAUUGCACAGCUGAGGGAUUGAAAAUUACGUUGCCAAACCACACUUGCCUAGAGGCAAAUGCGACAUUCUGAUUAGAGCCGAAAACAGCUGAAAUACUCCUGCGUCAUGUAUUUACGAAAAAUGCUCCUACUGGCCUGCCUGGUGCUGCUGUUUGGGGGACUGCCGCAUCUCACAUCGCCCACAACAACCACAACCUUAGUGGCAGCCAUGUCCAUCGCCAAUCAGGACCUGGAACGCUACUUCAGGCCAGGAAACGGAACGCACACCUUCGUCAGCAUGGAGGACCGCAUUGCAGUGGACGUCUACAACUACGCCUUCCUCAACUGGUCGUAUGUGGAGCACGGCAACACCCUGUGCAACAUGGACUUCGCCCAGGAGCAGGCUCGCUACGGGGAGGGAAAGGUGUUGAACGUUACGGGGCGUCUGGUUCACGUCAGCGCCGCGGACAACGCCAGUGACGACUUCGCCUGCACACCGUACAUAAAGGGAACCCUGGGAGCCCCCAUACCAGACAAGGGCGUGACCUGGAUAGCCUUGGUGCGCCGCGGACGCUGCACCUUCGAGGAAAAAGUUAAGCAUGUCUACCAGCAGAACGCCGCCGGUGUCAUUAUAUACAACGACAAACAAGUGAUGCAACUGGAGAAGAUGCAGAUCAAGGGCAAGACAAGAAACAUAGCAGCAGUGAUAACUUAUCAGAAUAUCGGCCAGGACCUGGCCAUUACUGUUGAUAGAGGCUUCAACGUGACCAUCUCGAUCAUCGAGGGAAGACGCGGAGUGCGCACCGUUAGCAGCUUGAACAGAACGUCAGUGCUGUUCGUGUCCAUAUCAUUUAUCGUUUUAAUGAUUAUCUCGCUGGUUUGGCUCAUCUUCUACUACAUCCAGAGGUUCCGUUACAUGCAGGCGAAGGAUCAACAAUCGCGCAAUCUGUGCUCUGUUACCAAGAAGGCCAUCAUGAAGAUACCAACGAAGACGGGUAAAAUUAGCGAUGAAAAGGACUUGGACAGCGACUGCUGUGCCAUAUGCAUCGAGGCCUACAAGCCCACGGACACCAUACGCAUACUGCCAUGCAAGCACGAAUUCCAUAAAAACUGCAUCGAUCCCUGGCUCAUUGAGCACCGAACCUGUCCCAUGUGCAAGCUCGACGUGCUCAAGUUCUACGGAUAUGUGUUUUUAGGCAGCGAGGAGAGUAUCCUGGAAUAUCAGCCGGAUCCCCCGCAGGGACUAACAAUUGUGGAGGCUGGGAACAGCUCUGCAGAGCCUGUAGUUGGAGCAGUACAGACCAGCGCCUUGGCGGAUCUCAUUCGAAGCCGCGACUUUGUAAUCGAUUUUCCGCGAGUCUUUGUCCUGGACAGCGGUAGUGUGGUGGGAGCCCGCGAAAUGCUGUUCCCGACCCGCCUGCCCGAACGCUCGCAGAGCUCCCUGUCGCUGAGGCAAGCCCGCGACUGGAUGAGCCUGAUGAGCAACAAGCUCGAGGAGCAGCAGGGUCUGCGCCGCUUGCGCAAGGAUGAAAUGCAGCAGCAACUUCUUAGUGCGCGAGAGUCGGCUCGCCACCGCCGAUCGCGUUCAGCGGAUGGACGCUACUCAACCGGAUGCUUCGGGGGUCGCCAGCGUCAGCCCUCCGUGCAGGCCUCUGGCCUAACUCAACCACAGCUCCAAGCCGAGGUCGUCCAACUGCGGCGCUCCAGUUCCUCGCGGGCCCUGCAGGAAUUGACGGAUGCCUCCUACGCCCAGUCACGGCAGCGGCAGCGGGAAAGGGACACCUUCGACUUUGCCAGGACGCGGCGACGAUUCAUGAGGCGCGAGAGCGAUGAAAUAUCCUUGCGCUCACUGCCCAGGCGAGGAGGAGCCCCUCCCCUGCAGUUGCAUCGGGAGAGGGAGGCCGACGCAAGCGGUCACGGUGAUCAAAUUACCAUUCAGGUGAAUGGGGAAGGUGUCGACCUCAACGAGUGAUUAAAACUGCUUACGCUUAAAUGAUGAAUAAUUGUGUAAAAAUAUCGUAUCUAAUUUAGAAACUGUUAAAUAAUGUUAAUAGGCUUUUAGGAAUAUAUAUUUGGGAAAUAGUCGAAAAAUAUAAAGUCAUACUUCG